AACGAGCUGAGCAACCAAGCAACAAACUGCAGAGACACUUUCCAAUUAUAACCGUGUGAUACCAAUAAUCUCGCCAUGACCGUCGAAAAUCCCAACCCUACGGAACUGGCGCCAGCAAUCAAAGUUCACAAUCUCAACUAUGCGUUCCAGGACGGCUCCGCGGGGCUUGUCAAUCUCAACCUGGACCUUCCACCUGGUAGUCGUACUCUGCUAAUUGGAGCAAAUGGCGCCGGCAAGACUACACUCCUUCGACUACUCUCUGGCAAACGCCUUGCGCCCCACGGCUCGAUCAACAUUGGUGGAGUGGAUCCCUUUUCAACCGGUCUCGAAGGGGUUACAUAUUUAGGCCUUGAAUGGGUAUUGAACCCUGUUGUCCGAACAGAUAUCGACGUCCCAAGUCUUCUUGCCUCCGUUGGGGGGAAUUACUAUACUGAAAGGCGAGAUCAGUUGAUGGAGAUUCUGGAUAUCGACCCGACGUGGAGACUUCACACUGUCAGCGAUGGAGAAAGAAGGCGGGUACAGCUUGCAAUGGGACUCAUUCGACCGUGGCGGAUAUUACUACUGGAUGAGAUAACGGUCGACCUCGAUCUCCUAAGCAGGAGUAACUUUCUUCAAUUCUUGAAAAAUGAAACCGAGAUUCGUCCCUGCACUAUUGUUUACGCCACUCAUAUUCUGGACAAUCUCGCACAAUGGCCAACUCAUCUAGUACACAUGAGCUUAGGGAAGGUCAAGGAGUUUGGUCCUAUUGAGAAGAUAAAACUUGAUGAAGUUGGCCCGACAGACAACAGCCAACUUGGCCAAUUGGUCUUGAGAUGGCUGAAGGAGGAUCUUGCAGAGAGAGGUCCCCGACGUGGACUACGGAGCGAAGGGAAGACCUACGAGUCCUUUGACGGAAAAGGAGGCUAUGGAAACGAAAAGACGGUCUAAAUUUUGCUAAUGAUUCCAAACAUUGGCUUGAUAUAUUUUUAUGGUAUGCUUCUUAUGACUAUUUUGCUUUUGCCCAGUUUCUCAACGCCAGCCCUGCGUUUCUACGUUAAAUAGGCGCCCUGGAUUGCAUUCAACAUACCUCGUUGGGUUUCCCUUGCUCUAGAGACUUUUUCCCCCCAGUGU